AUGAGAAAUAAAUGGUCUUACUAUACUAGAAACCCUAAAUCCAACUAAAUAUACCUCAAAGAUAUGACUCAUUCUAACGUAUCAUCUUCUCAAAACACCUAUUUUACUGGUGAUUAUAUUAUUGAAGCUAGGUCUCCAAUACAUAAUCAAGAUAUAUUCAAAACUUAAAAUUGA